AUGGCGGUACUGACCCGCGCAGGUAGCAAGCGCAAAGCGACCGACGAGCCGAGCACGCCAGAUUCGAAGCAAAAGGUCAAAAAGGCCCGGACUGAGUCCCCAGGCUCUGAGAUUAAGGAUGACUCUGCCAGCAAGCCCACGCUCAAGAUCGUCCCAUUCGCCGAGAAGGUAAGAGGAGCGGGAACAUACCGCGUUUAUGUUGAAAUAUUGCUGAUGGAACCUCCGGUGCAGCCGGCAGUGCUGGAAGAACGACGCGGUGAUAUAGAGUUCCGAGUGGUUAACAACGACGGGUCCAGAGAGAGCUUCAUCAUCCUCACAGGUCUCAAGUGUAUAUUCCAGAAGCAGUUGCCGAAGAUGCCGAAAGACUAUAUUGCGCGACUGGUAUACGAUAGGACCCAUUUAUCCAUGGCUAUUGUUAAACACCCAUUGGAGGUAGUUGGAGGGAUUACAUACCGGCCCUUCAAAGGGCGAAGGUUUGCAGAGAUUGUGUUUUGCGCCAUAUCUUCCGACCAACAAGUCAAAGGUUAUGGUGCUCACUUAAUGUCUCACCUGAAGGACUACGUGAAAGCUACUUCUGAGGUGAUGCAUUUCCUAACAUACGCCGAUAAUUAUGCCAUCGGAUACUUCAAGAAGCAAGGUUUCACAAAAGAGAUCAGCUUGGACAAGUCAAUUUGGAUGGGUUAUAUCAAGGAUUACGAAGGCGGCACCAUCAUGCAGUGCACCAUGAUCCCAAAGAUCCGGUAUCUCGAAUCUGGUCGCAUGCUUUUAAAGCAAAAGGAGGCUGUUCACGCCAAAAUCCGGGCCUUUAGCAAGUCCCAUAUUAUCCACGCUCCACCCAAGGAGUGGAGAAACGGGGUCUGCGAGAUUGACCCUCUCAGCAUUCCUGCCAUAAAAGAGUCUGGAUGGUCUCCUGAUAUGGAUGAGCUGGCCCGCCAGCCACGACAUGGCCCUAAUUACAAUCAACUUUUACAUCUACUCAACGAUAUGCAGAAUCACAGCGCAGCUUGGCCCUUCGCACAGCCGGUGAAUCGGGACGAAGUCCCCGACUACUAUGAAGUGAUCAAGGAGCCGAUGGAUCUGUCAACCAUGGAAGAGAAACAUGAAAAGGAUCUGUACCCUGCUCCGCAAGAUUUCAUUAAGGACGCUAUGUUGAUUUUCGAUAACUGCCGGCGUUAUAAUAACGAGAAUACACCCUAUGCCAAGAGCGCGAACAAACUGGAAAAAUUUAUGUGGCAGCAGAUAAAAAAUAUCCCAGAGUGGUCGUUGCUGAUCCUGCCUGUCCUCCUAGCAUCUGGCGGAGGGUCAUUGACCCAGUCUGGAGACUGCACUCAGCAGAAUAACACAAGGGUUAUUUUAUGUUUUUUGCAGUGA